AAAUAAAAUAAAUAAAUCGUUACAUUGUCGCCAUGCUGUGGACGGUUAGCACGGUCGUUAGGAAAUUUUCCACGUCCUCCGCAUGCUGGCAAAAUAAGCUAAGGCUAGCGCUGAUUGGUCAGAGCUUGUUUGGACAGGAAGUGUACACCAGCCUCCGGAAGCAAGGUCAUAAAGUAGUGGGCGUGUUCACUGUCCCGGAUAAAGAUGGCAAGGCAGACCCGCUAGCUGUGGCAGCCGAAAAAGACGGCACACCGGUGUUUAAGUUCCCGCGCUGGAGGGUGAAGGGGAAACCAAUCUCCGACGUAGUGGACGCCUACAAGGCCGUGGGCGCUGAACUCAAUGUCUUGCCCUUCUGUACCCAGUUCAUUCCUAUGAAUGUGAUCGACCAUCCAAAGCACGGCUCCAUCAUCUACCACCCGUCUCUCCUACCCAGACACAGAGGAGCUUCUGCCAUUAACUGGACUCUGAUUGAGGGGGAUAAAAAAGCCGGCUUUUCUAUAUUCUGGGCUGAUGAUGGUUUGGAUACUGGUCCCAUCCUGCUGCAGAAAGACUGUCCAGUGGAACCCAAUGACACCGUGGACACACUGUACAACCGAUUCCUCUUCCCAGAGGGAAUCAAAGCUAUGGUGGAGGCAGUGCAACUUGUUGCAGAUGGCAAAGCUCCCAGGAUUCCACAGUCGGAGGAGGGAGCGAGCUACGAAGGCAUUCAAAAGAAAUCCAAUGCCAAAGUGAACAUGGCUCAGCCAGCUUCUGUUAUUCACAACUGGAUUCGUGGACAUGAUAAAGUUCCUGGAGCCUGGACUAUCAUUGAUGGGCAGCCAGUGACGCUGUAUGGAUCAUCACUGCUGAGUGGCCCAGUUCCUUCAGGUCAGCCCCUGGAUGUAGAGGAUGCAUCUCAGCCCGGCCUUAUCACCAGCUCAGGACUUGUACUCUUCGGCUCUGAUGGGAAAGCGCUCCAGGUGAAAAGUCUGCAGUUUGAAGAUGGAAAGAUGAUUCCAGCUGCUAAGUACUUCUCAUCAGGGGACACCAGCAGUAUAGAGCUCACUGAGGAGGAGAAGAAGAUGGCAGAGGAUAUAAAGGUGAUCUGGAAGGGCAUUUUAAGCAACGUGCCAGUAAUUGAAGAUACAACUGACUUCUUCAAGUCUGGGGCUGCUUCUAUGGACGUGGUCAGACUGGUGGAGGAGAUCAAGCAGAAGUGUGGAGGCGUACAGCUGCAGACUGAGGAUGUCUACAUGGCUACUUCGUUCCAGGAGUUUAUCCAGGUGUUUGUACGGCGAUUGAGAGGGGAGGACCAGGAGGAAGAGCUGGUCGUCAGUUAUGCAACAAAAGACAUUAAUGACAUGAGGCUGAAGAUGCCCCACCAGUGUUUCAUCAACGGCCGGUUUGAAGAUGCUGAGAACGGGAAGACGUACAACACUGUAAACCCCACUGAUGGCUCGGUGAUCUGUAAGGUGGCGUUUUCCUCCGUUGCUGAUGUAGACAAAGCAGUGGCUGCAGCUAAAGAGGCGUUUGAGACAGGCCCAUGGGGCAGGAUGAACCCACGUGACCGUGGCCAGCUGCUUUACAAGCUGGCUGAUCUCAUGGAGGAGCAUCAGGAAGAGUUGGCCACUAUUGAGGCCAUUGACUCAGGUGCCGUGUACACCCUUGCACUAAAGACUCAUGUAGGCAUGUCCAUCCAAACCUUCAGAUACUUUGCUGGCUGGUGUGACAAGAUCUAUGGCACAACAAUACCCAUCAAUCAGGCCCGACCUAACCGCAACCUGACCUUCACUAAGAAAGAACCUCUAGGGGUGUGUGCCAUUGUGAUUCCAUGGAAUUACCCUCUAAUGAUGCUGGCCUGGAAGAGCGCAGCUUGUUUGGCAGCUGGAAACACACUUGUAUUAAAACCUGCACAGGUGACUCCUCUGACAGCGCUGAAGUUUGCUGAGCUGUCUGUUAAAGCAGGCAUCCCUAAAGGCGUCAUCAAUAUCAUACCAGGAUCAGGUGGUUUGGUUGGACAGAGGUUAUCUGAUCAUCCUGAUAUCCGUAAGUUGGGCUUCACUGGCUCCACCCCCAUUGGCAAACAAAUCAUGAAAAGUUGUGCACUCAGUAAUUUGAAGAAGGUCUCGUUGGAGCUGGGUGGGAAAUCCCCUCUUAUUAUCUUUAGCGACUGUGACCUUGACAAGGCUGUGAGGAUGGGUAUGAGCUCUGUGUACUUCAACAAGGGAGAGAACUGCAUUGCUGCAGGCAGACUGUUCGUCGAGGAGUCCAUUCACGAUGAGUUCAUCCGGCGAGUGGUUGAGGAGAUUAAGAAAAUGAAGAUUGGAGAUCCUCUGGAUCGCUCUACAGAUCACGGCCCACAGAACCACAAGGCUCACCUCGACAAGUUGCUGGAAUACUGUGAGAUUGGCGUGAAGGAGGGCGCCACUCUCAUAUACGGGGGAAAACAGGUGGACAGGCCUGGAUUUUUCAUGGAGCCUACAGUCUUCACAGACGUAGAGGAUCACAUGUUCAUCGCUAAAGAGGAAUCUUUUGGCCCAGUCAUGGUGGUGUCUAAAUUUAAAGAUGGUGAUAUAGAGGGAGUAUUGAGCAGAGCGAAUGACACAGAGUUUGGCCUUGCUUCUGGAGUCUUUACACGCGACAUAAACAAAGCCAUGUACGUUAGUGAGAGGCUGGAAGCAGGAACUGUGUUCGUUAACACUUACAACAAGACAGAUGUGGCCGCACCGUUCGGAGGAUUCAAGCAGUCUGGUUUCGGAAAGGAUCUUGGUGAAGAAGCUCUUCAUGAAUAUCUCCGAACCAAAGCAGUGACAGUGGAGUACUGAGAGACAAGAUUACCUGCUGGACUUUGUGCUGGAUCACCAGGCAGUGACUGGGAACACAGGUCUCAUGCCUCAUCUGCCAUCUUGCUUGAGUUUUGUAUUAAUAAGGGCGUAAAAAAAAAAAAAAAAGCACUCUUUGCCAAAAGUUAAAUUUUUGUGCCUCAAAAUUCUAGCAGUUUGCUUUUGGAAAACCCCAAAGCAGACCAGUAUGCAACAAAUGGAUGCAAGGACAUUGUAGAAAUGGUAGCCUGGGAAAAGCAUGGAUCAGUAUGGCUUCCCCUUAAUACAUCACUGCCAGUAUCCAGCUUUACACUUUAACUUUCAUUCUAUUUAUUUUAUUUUGGAAGAUUUCUUUCUUACAUAGAUCCAUGCGUAGUAUCUGGAUUAUUGCAAUUAUUUUGUCUUAAAAUAUUCGAAAAAACUGUUUUACAACAUCAUCAUAUUUUGAAACAGAAUAUCUCUACCUCACCGCGCUCCAGAAAUCCUAUUUUAAAUUGUUGUACAUGUAAAUAUUUUAUAGAGAAUGAAACAAACAAAUGAUCCUUAUUUAUAUUUUUAACUUUGCAUUCCAGACCGGAAGUACAUCAUGUUUUAAAUCUGUAAAUAUGAUUAUCUGAGACUCUGAAAAGGAUUCUGAAAGGGUGUAAUUGAAAACAAUGGAGAUUUGAUGUUUUCUUUGGAAUCCAUGUCUUAGACCUGGACUUACUAGAAACGUAGUUCUUUUCUAUAAAGUGUUCCAGUUAAACAGAGUGAUGUAAUCAGGCCAGAAAUUCUCCAGAAACUAUUUAUUAUUAGUUAAUUAUUUAAAAUCACAUUUAGCAUUUUAAAUUGGAGAAAUCCACCUUGAUUGAUGUGCACAUAUAAUCCUUAUAAUUUACAUAAUCUCAAUGGAUUUAUUUUAGCAAUGAAAUUCUGGAUUGACUUUUCAUUCUCCUACAUUAACCGCAAUGCAAUGAGACGACCCACUGAUAGUGUUAAUGUGCAAAUACCUUAUUUCUAACAUAAAGAGCGCUCCAACUGUAGUACUUCAAUAUGUCUGGCUCUCUCUUAUCCUGUACACAAAACAGAUCUGCUUCCAAAGGGCUCAGCUAUCAUGCUAGUAUCACAGUUAACACCAGCGAGGACAUCAUCUCGCCAAGUCUCGUCUCUCUCUUAACUCAGUGCAAUAGCUUUGUAUAGAUGCAUUGCGUUCUGUAAACUUUGAGUCUUGUGUCUGUAGCAACGUUUAAUUUUUAUUUCUGUUUGGAUUUCUCAUUAAUAUUAAUAAGAUUGUGAGUGAGGGAAAAAAAAAAGCUUACAGCAAAACCUGAUUGUUAUCGCUUACAUUUGCAAUGUUCGCCUUAAGCACCAUUUUAAAUGUUUUAACUGUAAAAGCAAUGUCCCACUGUAACAUCAGCACACAACCUUUCUAAUUUCACACACAAAAGAAUAAAUGCAGCACUGACCAAUAAAUUAGUACCAGAGUUAGAAACACAUGACCGAUAUUUUAAUAUAAAUAUACAGUAUUUAUUGUGUUUUGGGGGUGGUGUUUUAAUUUAUGGUGUCAUAAACCGAUCCAUUGUCUUAAGUCAUAAACUGUGCAUUAUGUGAGAAAUGACAGUAUUGAUAUUGAUAAGCAGCAACUACAGCAACAGCAUUAAAUCCAUUAUUUAAUCAACAAUAAACUGAAUACAUU